AUGUUAACCCCGCUGGAUACGGCCUUAGAUCAGGUGAGCUUACUAUGUGGUAGGACAGCUACUUCUAUGGGGCUCAUCCAUAGUGCGUAUAACACGCUUUCGCGGCUGUUACAGCGGAAUCCGCAGAAUGGAGUGUGUUUGUUGUUGCUAUGUGAGAAUUACUGGAAACAGAACCAGCCGCAACAGGAGUCUAACCAUGCUAUUGUAAUAGAUCUGUUGACCAAAUCGUUGCAGCAUGAUUCGUCUGUGUCGCCAUUGCCUGCUAAUGGGACUGGGAUGCAUAUGAGCGACUCUGGGGAUACGGCUGUUGGUGGUUCUGGGGCGAAAAAUAGCUUGGAGAAUGGCAAUGGAAACUCGAUAGCGGCUGGCACUGUUGAUAAUAAAAAGUCGUCGACAUCUGGCAAGAACAAUAUGAUGAAUAGUCCCGUGGUAAAUGGGAAUGGCGUGGCGGUAGUAGCAGCUGAUAGUAAUAAUAACAGUAAUAGUAGUAACAAUAAUUCCGAGAGUAACGCGGGCCAGGUCCCGCUUUCGUCCAACUAUUUGGUUUGGACGUAUUUGGCAGUUGCGUACUUGCACACGAACCAAAUAGACCAAUCACUCAAGAGUAUCACCCAGGCAACGUCAUUAAACCCCGAUGAACCCUUUUUAUGGACCCUACAAACAAGAAUUAUCUCGCGGUGGUACUUCCUGUUGUCUUUGGAUCCACAAAUUCGCCAGCAACAGGGCGCCUUGCCAACGAUAGAAACGUUGCUUCCCUACUAUAUCAACAGUAUCGAGUGGUCGACCGCGAAAAGAGACCCACAAAUGCAGUUGGAGUCCCACAUAUCGCUCGCCACAUUAUACUUCCAGUUUUCGCUUUUCGACCAGUCAUUGGCGGAGAUGACUUUCGCGUUGAACCUACUAGAUUCGAUUCAAUCAUCAAUUCCAUUGAACGAAAAGUUACAGAAACUGACAUUCAUCUACAACUUUAUCGCAGUGUUGCACCAGCGCUUGAACGACCCUAACAACGCGUUACAAUUCUUACAGCAAGUGAAAGAUUUGGCACCAACGGAAUCUCACGUCAUUAGAUGUUGUAUCACUAUGUCUGAAAUAUCCCUUUUGUCUAAUUACGACCCCCAAAUCGAAAAGUCAAUCGCCUUGUUGACAACAGAGUUGGACACACUAACGAAAUUAAAAUCGUCAAAGGGAGCAUAUUUCUCCAUCACCUCAAAUGAGGAGUUUAUGCUUAGAUAUAUCUUGGCUAGAUGCCACUCCCAUCUGGGAAACACUGAAACAAGUUAUUACCAGUUCCAGCAGUUACUAAAGUUGUUCAUUAACCAUGACUACUCUCCGUUAGUUUGGACCUCUAUCGCAUCGCUAUAUCUUCAGCUAGAUCAGUUGGCUGAUUCUUUACAGGCUUACUCGCAAGCAGUCCAAAUGGCUAUGGACAAAUUGUCUGAUCCUCAGAUUGUCAAUACAACUUCAGAAUUCUCAAACGUUUACCUUUCUUUGAAAUUCUACAAGUUAUUUGCUGCAUAUGGUUGGUUCGGUAUAUCCCAGGUGUACAGCAAAACAGACCAAGUGAAGGAUGCUCUGAACGCCUUGGAGCAAAGUAUAGAGCUUUUCAGAGCAGGUGGCGAUUUUGCAACUGCCCAGCAAUUAAAGCAAUAUUACGAUCAGGUAAGCUCCCAGCCAACUUCAAGCCAAAAUGGAACCGAUCACUUUUUACCACCAGAUAUUCCAAUCGAUUUACUAUUAGAUUUCUCAGUGUAUCAUUACAUGCAAUCGGCGUUCAUAGUUGAAUCUUUGGACUCACCAGCUCUAAACGCGAAGAUCCCGGGUGUGGAUCUACAGAUGCCAGUUCAUCAAGCCCAACCUAUUCAACAGACCCAACAACAUAUGCAACAUAUGCAGCAGCAGCAGCAGCAACAACAACAACAGCAAGCACAACAAAUACAUCAAGCACAACAAGCGCAGCAACUUAAUCAUGCUUCUCAAUCCGUAAGCCCUCCACAGUUACCAAUGCUGCAGCAACAUGGAAUUCAACAGAGUAAUAUGUCACAGAAUACAUCUCCUGUUCAGCCUAGAGUAAUGAUAACGCAAAAUGAUGGAGCUUCUCUUGGUCAAAACAUAGGGAUGACAUCUGGAUUAGCUGGAUCCCAGCAAUUACUACAACCUGUUCCUCCCCAUGUCCAUCCUCAUCAUGCCCAGUCCUUGGGAAUGUAUUCUCUGCCUUAUGUUGUCCAAAACGCCACAUUUGCUGGGCAACCUCCUGCUGCAGGCCCCCCUCCAAUGUCUUUAGGAUAUAUCCAGCAUCAACAGCCUCAAAUGGCUCAGGCACAUAUAGCUCAUACCAGGUACGCUUGA